AUGCAUGCCUGCCUGAUGCUGGGGCUGGGACUGUCUCUCUGCGUCCUGCUGGGGCCUGUGACAGGGGCCAAGCCACUGCCAGAAGAUGGAGACCCCUAUGCUGAGCCGCCGGCCAUGCCCUACUGGCCCUUCUCCACCUCGGACUUCUGGGACUACGUGCAGCACUUCCAGAGCCUGGGCGCCUACCCGCAGAUUGAGGACCUGGCCCGCACCUUCUUCGCUCACUUCCCCCUGGGGAGCACCCUGGGUCUCCACGCCCCGUACCAGGAGGACUGAGCAAGGCGAGGCUGACCUGGCCCCGUCCGCCUGCAC